UUGCUCCCACAGCUUCUUCGAUAUGCCAUCGCUAACUUCCGCCUCUCUAUCCACUCUGCAGCUUUUUUUUUCUUCGGUGUAUUAUUCUGCUCCAUGCGAGAUACCAUUCUUUGCCCGCUUUGGACUUGGAUCCCCUGGGUUCGGAAGUCGAUCAGCGUCGUGUUUCGUUGGAUGCAUGAGACCGGGAUUUCGAUCACUAUAGUCUGUGGACUCGAUCUUCGAGCACUCGAUGGCCGCGUUAUCUUGUUCGACUAGUUCUGCGACGUCGACUUGGUUGCAUCCUUCACCAAUGAGGUAUGAUGCAGAAACCUUGGACACUUCACCGCGGGCCUAGAUGUCUAGGAAGGAGUGGAUGCCUGACUUUGCCCGGAAGGUAUGUCACUUGGCUUCCAUGGUCUUGGUUUUGCAGGUAGGAACCGUGUUUGGAUCUUGUCGAAAACUGAGGCUAUUUGUGGUAUCCAUUGGAGGGUCAGAGGCUUGGAGCUUAAUGCAUCCCUGAGGACGUCGUGGUCACAUUUCAUGCAUCUUACUGGAAUUCGACAGAGCUAUCUAGUUAGUUUAGAAGGUGGAUUUGAAAGGCACUGAGGUUCUUUUGGAAGUAGGAGCUGCUUUUGCUGAUGUCGUGGAAGCAGUGUUUGGUGAAGCGUGGGGUAGUGUUCGUUGCCACCAAGAUGAUUCUCUGUUCACCUUCUGCGUCAAAUGCAUCCCACCUCGUCGACCAGAGAGUUGUCUAGGAUUCCAGUCAUAGGCGUUAGUAAUAUUAAUAAUACCGCCUCCGUUCUCCUGAAAUCAUUCUUUCCGAUUUAAACACUCUCAAAGCAUCAGUCUGAGCUAUUCUUCCACUCUUGCCAAUACAGUUCUGGAAUGACGAUCACGGCCAUGUCUGGGUAAUCUAUUCAGGUGGUUUGAAGGACCUUAAGCUUCAGUUUUUGGUAAUUUUCCGGUUUCACGUAACGGUUGCAGCUUGCCAGGCUAGUCUGGCCGAAAUCCUCUCCACCUUAUCUUCAAUGUUUCAGUUAUUGCCUUCACUUCGAACAUGUGUGUUUUCCUUAUUAACGACUGUCAAUACGGAUAUUGAUGUUUUGCUGAAGAGUCAGACCUGUCAGAUAUCCAGGAAUCGGCACCACAUCCAGUGCAUUAGGCAAUUAACAGGGUCUUGGACAUUGAUGUGACCAUUUUCCUCGAGCUCACGUGGCAUGCAAUAGAGGGGUGCAUCAUACUCCGCAGUGAAAUUGGAUGACGGGCCGAAAACGUCGAGUUCAAACAGAGGACUACGUGAAGACAUUCGAGUUACUGGGCAAGAAGAUCCGCACAAACUAGCCUGCACGUUUCGAAUAGAUUGAUUUCUAAGCUUUAAAAGCAAUGCAGAGAAGGGAGCCAUUCAGCUCAUCCAGAGAUCGAAUCCACGGAUAUUUGCUCCGCAAGUGCUUUAGAUAGACCAUUGUAGAGAUAACCUCGCGAAUCCUUAUGUUGACGCGAGAAUAAGGAUCUUGCAAGGAUCCAACAGUCACCACCCAACCACGGAUCAAAUUAGCCUGUUAAGAUGAUUACCCAUGUUUCCAGUUGCUAGUCCGCACACAUCCUGCUCACCUGGUGUCACUGCUUCGUGAAGUUGUCGAGGGUUCCGUAAUUGGGUUCCUUCAAAAAUAGAAGCAAUCCCUCAGGCUGCUCCAACAUUCAUACAUUCCUUCAAGUAACAUCUAAAUUGAUCUAUUUAUAGCUAGAUAUUGCAGCCAAAUCCCUCCCGAAAGAGGGCCGUCAUAACAACUUCAUUCAUCCAGCCUGCUGGGGUGUUCGUUGUCUUGUAUUGAAGCGGUGUCCCAUGGUACAUCUCCCGCCUUCAAUUCGCGACGCGGAAUUUGUAAGCUGUGUGAUUUCGCAGAGUCUGUUCAGUGACAAAUUGCUCAGCCUGAGUCGCGCACUAGCAUUACUUAUUCGUCCGCAGAGGGUGUGGGAAAGAGUUAGAUCCAGUAGCUAAUUUACUGAGUUGAAUUCAAGAGGUUGUGGAUCUUGUAGUGUUCUAGGUUUCAAGGGAUUUGUAGGGUUUAUGAGAGUAAAAGUACUCGUUCAUAGCGAAGUUGAGCGGAAGUUUGGUUUUGAUUUUUACGAAAUUUUAAAUCUAUUAUUUAUUCUAGUAUCUGUUUCUCCCUUAGUAGUUUUGAGGUUUUGUUCCACUGGGUUUCAAAGGGAUGUCUACUAGUGUUUUCAGUGAGCUGACUGUUUCGUCCUGAUGAGUUUGAUUUGGAGCAAUCGGAAGUGAUUACGGUUUGGGGUUUGCUUGCGGUACCAAGCAUGCAUGUGCAAGCUCUCUCUCUGAGAGCCUGUGUACCGUCACAGCUUCCAAAUCCCACCAUCCUCUCAUCUGAUGACACUCAGCAUCUUCUACGAGCAGCAGAACUCGCUGAGUCAUCGGCUGGAUUGACUGCCCCUCAUCCGAAUUUUGGCUGCGUUAUCGCUCAUGGACCCAAAUCGGUGGGAGAGGGCUUCCUGUACGCUCAAGGAACCAAGAGUGCCGAAGUCCUAGCCGUAGAAAGAGCUGGAGAGCUCGCCAAAAAUGCAACAGCUUAUUUAAAUUUGGAGCCUGGCGAUUGUCAUGGUGAUGCCAGUGCUGUUCGCGCUCUUAGGCAGGCAGGAGUCUCAAGGGUGGUGAUCGGAAUCUCUCACCCAUUACAACAUUUGCACGGCAAGGCCAUUAGUGCCCUUCGCCAGGGAGGUGUCCAUGUGGAAGUGGGUGGACAGAAUCUACUGGAAUGUGGAAGCAGCACGCAGGAAGCUCUCAAGGCUUGUCAGUUAGUAAACGCACCGUUUCUUUUCCGGGCCGCCAAUAGCAUGCCUUACUCGAUAUUAAAGUAUGCCAUUACAGUUGAUGGGAAGAUUGCAACCAGCACCGGUCACUCUUAUUGGGUAUCCAGCACGCAGUCUCGGAAACGUGUCUUCGAAACUCGUGCUCGUAGUGAUGCUGUUAUUGUGGGAGGCAACACUGUUCGUCGUGAUAAUCCACGCUUGACGACAAGACAAGAAGGGGGCAAUCUUCCUGUUCGUAUUGUUAUGUCACGGUGUCUAAACCUUCCAAAGGAUGCCAACCUUUGGGACGUCUCCACUACACAGACUAUUGUCAUGACACAAAAGGGCGCUAAUCCGGGGUUCCAGAAAAUACUAGCUUCAAAAGGUGUGGAAGUGGUAGAAUUCGAUGUUUUGACUCCACGGGCAGUGAUGGAGCACUGCUAUGAUCGAGGUUUUUUGUCGGUUUUGUGGGAAUGCGGUGGCACGCUGGCAGCACCAGCCAUUGCGUCAGGUGCGAUUCAAAAGGUGAUGGCCUUUAUAUCUCCGAAAAUUAUUGGAGGCAUCACGGCACCUACACCGGUGGGGGAGCUAGGAAUGGCGGAGAUGACACAAGCUCUUCAAUUGUCAGAUGUCGCAUUUGAGCAGAUAGGACCAGACAUGCUCAUGACAGGGUUUCUGCAAGCAAUUCCGAGUUGUCUGCCAGAAGUUACAGCUGUGGGUGAGGCAGGAGCAGCAUUCGAUGCUAGUAUUGCUUCAUCACCUCAACGACCCAAAGUUAUUCACUUUUACAAACCGUGGGAUCCUUAUGGCGCACUCUCUAAUUUCUCUCCUCAUCCUAUCUCUCUUCCUAAUGAGAACGAAACUAUUGUCUCCUGGAAAAGUGUUGAGCAUUAUUAUCAGGCACAGAAGUUUGCGGGUGUGAGAGAUUCAUUGGCCGAGGAUUUUAUUCACAAGAUUCGACGGGCCAAGUGUCCCGAAGAAGCAACUCGAAUGGGAAGAACUCUUGCUCGACAACGUCCCGACCUGGUGCGAAAAGAUUGGGCAGUGGCAAGGCUCGUUGUGAUGGAAACAGCUUUGAGAGCAAAGUUUUUAACGUACUCCGUUCUUCGAGAUCUGCUCCUCUCAACUGGUGACGCUGUGCUGGUGGGGGGAUCUCAUGACAUGUUCUGGGGUGCCGGGCGGAAUGGAAAAGGAGAAAAUAAGCUGGGGCUACUCCUCAUGCACUUGCGAUCCCAUGCCCUCAGGUGGAGUGCACUGAAUGAAGUUGUGGAUCGCAAGUGCGAGUCGAUUGCGUGGUGGCAAGGUUAAAUGCGAUGGGCACAGCUUUGCAAGUCACUGUUUCUUGAUCUACUCUCCACUUCAGGAGAUACCAAUUGGGUGUUUAUGCAACUGGAUCUGCUACCGCUGAUAAACUGAAUUGGCUUAGAUGCGCCAACCAUAGCACUUAUUCUUUGGAUAUGUUGUAGUUAGUGCUUAGCAGUGUCUGCUCUAUUGAAGGUUGAAGCAUAGUUCUUAAGAUUCAUCAUGCUUUACAGCAGGUGCUUGAAUACUCAGAGCUUUCGCUUGAAUACUCUGAGCAUUCAUGGCUCACAACCGAACUUUUUGUGCUUUACAGUUAUCUCAAUUACUCAGUGCACCCAAUUCGUUUAAACA